UCAGUCUGUCUUCAGUCUUUCACACUUACGAUUCUACUCCGCGAUACUUAGUUUAUUCAAGUCUUUUAAAUUUUCAAGUGAUUAUUAUUUUAAAACGAUUUUUAAAAACAUGGCUGGUUCAAUUGAAGACAACGCAGCAUUAUAUAAGAAGAAGACCUACACUUAUGUGCCACCAUCGUCACCGGCUGAACUCAUUGAAGCCACAAGCUUCACACUUGACUUUGCGAGUCGCAAAUUUAUACAAGUCGGUAUUCUACCAGAUGAAAAAUACCAGGUCGUUGUAAAUAUAUUAACUUCACCGAGAUACGUUCAUAUUACUCCAGUCUUUUUAAAAAAAAUAUUUUCUUAUAUGGGGCAUAUCCUGUCUUUUAUACUGGAUACGCCGCAGAAAUAUAAACGCGUUAUAUUUUUCGAAGACGAGAUAGUGAAACUAUCAAGUAUGGUCUAUACCGGGGAAAAUGUGCUUGUGAUUGAGUCUAAAACCCGAGACGGUUGUAGAGUUCUACUGAACCGAGCAGAUCUUAUUCAACUACAAUAUCUGGAGCGGAGCAUUACAGAAAGUAUUAUACGAAAAGAAGUUUACAGCACGCCAUUAAUUCAAAGCCAGAGCGAGGAGUUCGUAAUAUACCUACACGAGAAAUGUUUACAGAUGGAGUCACCACCGAUAAAUUUGAAUGAGAUGACAACAUACAUUAAAAACGUGGAAGACGAUAGAGUCAUCAAAUCUCUUCCAAACCUGGCACACCAAAUACAAAUAUGUGCAGCUAAACCACUAGCAGAAUCUGUGCUAAAUAAGGUAAUUCAUAAAUAUAAUAAUAUUACAUGUAGAAAAAAUAUUUAA